AACCUCUCCCAUCUACUACGUGGCGUUCCACCGCACUCCCAAGAUGUCCACGUAUCUCCUGGCGUUCAUCUUGUACGAGGAAGCCUCCUUCACGAAGACGGACCAAGUGUUGCGCCCCGGCAACCCCGUGCCGUACAGCACGUGGGGCCGCAGACGCAUGCUGGAGGAGGACAGCGCCGGCCAGCUCAGCCAGGUGGAAGGCCCCGCGGCCAUCGACUUCCUCGAGCGCUACACGGGCAUCAAGUACAACGCCACCAUGACCAAGAUGGACAUGGCCGCCAUCCCGGACUUCGCGUCCGGCGCCAUGGAAAACUGGGCGCUCGUCACCUACCGCGAGGUGUCGCUGCUCUACAAUCAGAAGUGGUGGAGCAGCAUCUGGCUGAACGAGGGCUUCGCGCGCUACCUGCAGUACCUGGUGGUGCACGAGCGCUACCCGAACUGGCGCAUGCUGGAGCGCUUCGUGCUGGACGAGCAGAUGGGCGUGUUCGGGGUGGACGCCGACGAGGGCGCCGCCCCCAUCACCGACGACACCUGGCAAAAAAAAGAUGAUCAUCGACACCCUGAACGGACUAGAAGUGGAGCAAUUCUGCGGCAGAUCCGCAACGUCAUGGGCGAGGAAAACUUCAUAGCUGGUGUCCAAGCCUAUUUGAAAGCUAGGUACUUGGCCGAUGCCACGCCAGACCACCUCUUCGACGAGCUGGUCAAGGUGAAUAAGGAAGAGGUGACCAAGCUCAACAACGACCAGCUGAAGGCGGCGCUGACGGCGUGGAGCGAGACGGCGGGCUACCCGGUCAUCACGGUCACCCGGGAAGGCAACUCGUUCAACGUGUCGCAGGAGCGGUUCCUGCUGACCGGAACCGAGAGUUCGCCCUCGACGUAUCCGGUGUAUCUGACGUACUACUCCAGAGCCAACGAGACGGUACCCACGGAGCCGGUACCUCCGCAGAGGUGGCUAAGGGUUGAAGACAGCUCCAUCGUCUUCGAAAUUGAAAACAUUUCCAGCAGCGACUGGGUGCUCUUCAACGUCUUCCAGGGCGGCUACUACCGCGUCAACUACGACGAGGCGUCGUGGGAGCGGCUGGGCGCGGCGCUGGACGGCGGGCCCGAGGCGCUGGCGCGCGUGGCGCCGCUGGACCGCGCGGCCGUCGUGGACAACGCGCUGGCCCUCGCGCGCGCGGGCCGCCUGCCCUACAAGCGCGCGUUCGCCCUGCUGCGCUUCCUGCGCCACGACACGGCCUUCGAGCCCUGGGCGGCGGCGCGCGCCGCGCUCGCGCACCUGCAGCGCAUGGUCGGCGACCAGCCCAAGUUCCAGAAGUUCGUGUGGUACAUCGUGGAGAAAGCGUACAACGCAACGGGCUUCGACGAGGGCCCCUGGGACGCCCACCUGGACAAGGUGCACCGCACCAACGUGCUCUCCCUGGCGUGCAGCUCCGGCUACGAGCCCUGCCUGGCUGAGGCGCGCCGCCGCCUGCUGCAGCACCUCUCCUACUUGCCCCUCGCGUGA